CAGAACUUAUCAACUUCAAUGCCAACGAGUUGACGGGGAUACAGGACUUUCUGAAGGCACAGUCCAAGUGGACAAUACAGAAAAACACGAUAAAUCCCUUAUCGAUGUUUCGUGUACUUACGAAGAGAAUUUAGGCGUGGAAAGCUCGAUCAAAGCUGCUCGCGAUCGCAAAAGGGCUCUGUUUGUAGCAGGCCUUUUGAAGAUCCUGCCAAAGCAGUGAAAAAGUUAAUUCAUUUGGAAAGUGAAAGCGAAAAGCUCAUCCAUUCACAGCCUGGAAUUAAUAACCAUCAGCUGGUCAUCUACCUGGAAGUAAAAAUUGUCAAAGAAACCGCUGGCUAUUGGGCGUUACUGCAGACAUUUACUUGACAGUUUCUUGCCAGCCGCUGCCACUGUCAGAAUCAAGUGCAGAAUCAUUCACUUCGAAUGGUAGCGAAAUACGCCCAAAACUUGUUCAUUGGGCCUCCAAUCUGAUUGCAAGAUCCUCUCUAUUUUACUUCCAAACAGUUAUCCAUCUCUGAUCCUUCAUGCCCAAAGACUUGUUUCGAAGAAUAUAGUAAAGGGAGAAAGAACAAGAGAUAGGUACCUUAAGAGAGUCGGAGGUGAAGAGUGGUGCGCUCUUGCCUAAAUUCGUCCCAAGUUGCGCCUUCUUUCGUCACGAGACCUCCUCGCAUCAUAACAACAUUCGUCGUCUCUUCAUCGUCUCCCCCGAACUCAACUCCCUAAACUCUCAACUCUCUCUUCUCAACACGUCACUAAUCUUGGAAACUUCGCCAUCAUCUACCGUAACACUGCUGCAACCCCGAAACAUCGCGCUUACUUCCAUCCGAGUUCUUCACAGGCACGAAGACCACGUUUAGCGAUACCAAGGGCUGCAGAUGGAUGCCACUCAAGACAACUCGGCCGCUGGGCCUUCUGGUGAGGUCUGCCAAACUCCUGAGCCUGCUGAGGCGUCUGCGCCCCCAAAGACCGAGCAUCGCGGUCCAUCUGAGAUUCUCUCAAACCCCCUGAUUGAUGACUUGAAAGAAGGACAUACCCGUCGCGGUGUCUUGAUCCCCCUCAAAACAACUCAGGAGGUUCGGCAGGAUCACACCAUCACUCAUGCGUACAUCACGCGGGCACCUACCAAACAAGCCAACGAUGUCAUCACGGCUUUGCGUAACAUGCGACCAGAUGAUAACAGCGCUAACCCCCUGCCUCAUCUGCGCAGAUGCUCCAAGCCCGGUGAUCUUCCCGCCCACCUGAAGACUCAGUUUAUGAAUGACAGUUCAGUUGGACGCCAAAUCCAUACAUCCAAAUCGACAUGGAUUUACAUCAUAAUUGGAGAAGUCAAAGAUUUCACCCGAGAGCAACUAGUGGAGGUUCUUUCCAUUGUUGAGGGUGCGGAGAGUGAUCUCUUCAUCGAGAAGAUACCCAUUCCACUACUUGCACCAACAUCUCAGAUACAAGCGGCCAUGUGGUCUUCUCAAUUUUGGCCAACAGUAUAUCGGAAGAACAACCCUUUGGGCCCACACCCUAGUAUAGUAGCCCGCGGAACUGAAGAUAUCAAGGACGACGCCUCCGUAUGGAUGGCACUAGCCCAUCGUGUUGCUUUACAAGCUAAAGAAACCGGGAUCGGCGAAGCUGUCGGAGCUGUGAUUGUUCAGAGGGAGGGAGGAAAAGUCGAACUUGUCGGGGUUGCUGGAGAUGCUCGCUGGCAUCAGGAGUGCGGCCUGCUGGAGGGUACCAGCAACCCCAUGACGCACUGUGUUGUUCGUGCUAUAAGCAUGGUCGCCCAGAAACUCGUUCGACACGAGAGACGAGCCGCCGGCCUGCCUUUCACGGCGCCCAAUCUCGAAUAUGACGCAUUUCAAGACGGUCCAUUGCUCGAGAUAGAGAAGCAAUGCUUCGAACAAGAGCAUCCGAACAAAGAUGGUUAUCUCUGCCACGGGCUCGAGCUUUAUGUUACCCACGAGCCUUGUGUGUCCUGCUCUAUGGGCAUCCUUCACUCUCGAAUGGGAAAGGUUGUUUUCGCUACACACAUGCCUCGCAGCGGAGGAUUGAGCUCAGACGAUCGUCCGGAUGGAGGUGGACGAGGACUGGGGCUCUUUUGGAGACGAGAGCUCAACUGGAGCUUGAUGGCCUGGGAAUGGGAACGUGAUGGCGUACCCAACUUGCCUCCUCUUGACCCCAUCACUCAUGUUUAGGAUUACCACCUCCGAGGUCGAUAUGAGACUCAUCGGCUCCGUUGCUAUACACGCGAAACUGAAGUGACAGAAAAGAUCCCGAAGAGCAAUGAUAGAGUAUUACAUGCCACACGAUACCGCCUGCGGACAGCAAUGGUCCAGGCCGAUAUUAUGAUGACGAUUAUCUACCACUGCCUGGCAGGGUGCGUUUUAUGGACUUACUUACAGCUGUUGCAUUGGCUGGACAACACACAAAGGGUUUAGAUAGCUCUUUACAUACCAGGUGAGGAGUCGAUUAACAAAUAUUGGCGUUGGUCUUGUAACGAUAGCUUGGGCAUGGAGGAGAAAGCAUUGGAAUAAGUCGGACGUGGAACUCAUUAUAGCAUGCUAGCUUUAUUUACGUAACAUGAGAUGUAUCAAUUAACUUUUCUUGUCUGGAAUAUUGACUGCCUCCUGUUCAGCUUUGCAUUGUUUCAUUGAUGUA